AUGUCACGAGGGGGAGCCAGAGGCGGCAGGGGUGGCGGCGGUGGCCGUGGUGGACGAGGAGGCGGCGGUUUCGGCGGUUUCGGUGGCUUUGGCGGUGGUUUCGAUGAUUUGGUACCCGAUUACAGCGUUACUGAACUUUUCCCACCUCAACCGCCGCCAGUACAAUCCUCACUUAUAAAAGAGGAGCGCGCAAUAAUCGCCCGAUUUCGGAGUCAUCGGGAGAAAAUUCAUAAUGGGCCUAUGUACACAAUAAUGUCUAAGAAACGAGGCAUGGAAGAUCCAUUUAACGAUGUCUCGAAAUACUCGCAAAAGUACAAAAAACAGCGACGAAAAGUCCCACAACUUGAUGCACGCCCAUAUAUCCACGAGCUUUUCCCACUGGAACUACAUUUGACUCUUGGAAUUGACCCAGAGGAAGUAAACGGCAAAAAGAAGGCUAUCAAGAAAAAACUGCAGUUUAGCGCAUUGGAUACACUGGAUCCAUUAGGGGAUCUUGCCGAUGGUGCGGGAUCAGAUAUAGAAGAAGGUGCAGAAGGGGCUGAUAGGGAGGGCGCAGAAAAGAAAAAGGGUGGCCUCCUGAGAGGGUUAUUGGGCGAAGAAGCAGGCGACGAUGAAGACGAGGAACAGGAACCAGAAGAAGAGGAAAUUGAAGAUGACUUCGGAGAUGACGAAGAAGGAGAUUAUAACGCCGAACAGUACUUCGACGAUGGAGACGAUAUAGGCGAUGAUUGGGGAGACGAAGGGGGCGGUGAAGAUUAUUACUAA